UUAGGUUACCGAUGGGAUGCCUUUGGAUGGAUGAGUGAGAGACACACACCAGCAUGGUGUGCGAGGUGAAGGUGCGUUGCUAGUUCGACGGCGGUUUGACCAACGGGGCGUCGGCGCCGUCAAUAUCGAUUGCGUGCGCGCGCACGGCCGUCACGCCAUCUAGCUCCAUACAGUUUUGGUGGCGAACGGUUGGGGGCUACUGUGUAAAAAAUCUGAAGGGAUCGGCAUCUCGCAAUGCGCACCGUGUUUCGAGUGUGAAUGAAAAGUUUGACGGACCUUUAAGGCAAAACCGUCCUCUAAAAAUUAUUUGUGCUAACGUGUGUUGCACCGAGUGGGCUCCACUCCAACGAAACCCCAUCGGCCUCGGUUGCCUGAUUUGCCUGUGCGAAAAGUUCCGCGGCGCGCAAAGUGCUUGAUUUUCUACCCUUUCGGAGUGUUGGCUUCGCCCCAUUUUUUUCCACCUAGCCGUGUUGGUUGUUUGUCGACAUUACAUUUGGUAGGCAAUUUAAGGGGACGGAAAUUGCAUUGAGAAAGUGCUGUGAAGAAAAUAAGUGUGUAUGGUGAUGUGUCCAUUCAAGAUGGCUGCGCGGUCUAUACAUGCCAGCAAUACCGUCGUACAUCUUGGUGCCCAAACGCCAGUUGGCAACUCGGGUAGUGGGGACGACGGUUGCACGUCGCCCAACCAUUAAGCACCAACACGGUACAGGGAGAACCCGGACGCGGCGGGCAGGACGGUGAAGGAUGGGGCCAUGAGCCCGAGCCCCGAAGUCAUCAGGAGUCGCAAGUGCGUCUCAAGCGGGCCUGCACCAUGCUAGCGCCGCCGAACCCGAGGUCAAUAUGCGGCCAGGACCCGGGCUGGUCGUGAUGGCGCUUGCGUUUAUUUCGGGGGCUCGGCGAGGCACCACACAGCAGCUAAACAGUCCCAGUCUUGCGGGCAAGUUGGGCAAAGGUGAAGACGACGGCACAGGGGCCCUCUCACGGAUCAACCCCUGGCUGUCUGCUUGCGACCUGGCGCAACCCAACUCAGCACCGGAUCUUCAGGGUCAAUGCUCAGCCGGUACACUGCCUGUGGCCUGGGUGGAUGAAGGUCCUGGACCACCGCGGUGUCCACCACCUUGUGCAACAGUCACCACAUUGGAUAAAAUGACUAAUGAAAAUAAUAAAGUGAAUAUGGAGGGUCGAUUCAAUGAUAAACAACAACAGUGCCUUGACUAUAUUGGCGAUAAUGAGGAGUCUAGUCCUGCACAAAUCUGUAAAAAAUCAUCACGUGACAUUGAGACCAAAUUACGUGCGUUGCGAUUGAGACAUUGCUGCGAACGUAGUGCAAUUAGUGCUUUGCAUAGUCAAGCAUUGGAAGAUGUAUUGAAAGGUGGUAUAAAGUGCAAUAGAUUACUCAACGAUCUACUGGAAACUGAUGCACUUGCAACGCGGAUUACAUGCGAGUUUACAGAGAUACUGGUUAGAUACGAUUGUCGACAGCCGUAUUCUAUCAUAAACCACUGUGAGGACUGCAAAGAGGCAUAUCGAAGAUGGGUCUGCAGUACAUUGAUACCUUAUUUCGCCGAAAAGAAGGACGUGAAGAAUAAUGAGACAACACAAGGAGGCAAAUAUUCUGUUGAGAACAAAUCAAGGGUAAACAGAAAUAUCCAGGCGAAUCACAAUAGAUUUGGUGAAGCGGAUGAAAAUUCACUGACAGAGGUUCUUAAACGAUCAAGACGGAAAUCGAAGACAAUGCCACCGAGGCGACGAAUACGGCCAUGUCUGGAUGUUUGUCAGACGGUUGAGCAGAAGUGUCCAUAUAUGCUACCAGGCGAUCGUGCACCUGCCCACCCAACCCAGUAUGCAGGAGAACCAACAUUCCUCUGCCUAGAUCCAAAUAUUCCAGAAACUGGUGAGCAAUUCCACAAGUCCAACAAUGGCCCCGAAAACUGCUGCUACACGUACUGCGGUUCGCCCGGUGAGGGUCUCUGUUCCCAAUGUGAUUUACCAGCAACCAUCCAGCAUAAGAAUAAUGAUACAUCUAAUUUAAAUAAUAAACUUAACACUACUACUAGUAAAGCUAACAUAAAUACGAAAAACAAUAAUCAAAAGGCGCAAAUUGCGAACGAUAGGGGAAGUGACGUGGCCAUCGAUGGAGAAACGGAACCAUUCGACUACGAUGAAAUACCACAGCAAUUGCCCGUCUGCCAGAGUACCACGAGUGUGGCUAUUAUGCCGCAAACAAGGUGCCCCAUACCCUACUACGUGUCGCCAUCCUUCACAUCGAUGGCACGAUCCAUACUCGUUGCCAACCCUACAUCAGGUGCGCCCGAUCAACCGGCGCCCUCCGGUGCCAUGGUACAUGUACCGUGCACGUGGCUCAUGCUAGCCACAUUGCUCCUCAGAUUCACCUUCGGCACCCAACUACCCUGGACGAUACACCUCGUUCCGGGUAGCAACAUCGUCGUCGCGGCCAUCGCUCCCGCCACCACAACGUGGAUCCACCACAUCUUACCCCAACUUGCCGGGUUAUAGUCAAACGUGAGCUGACGAGAACCACCCCGAAUAAAUGUUUUGAAACGACACAGCUAAAAUACUGUUUCAGUGAAAAUUAUAAAUAUAAAAAAAAACAAAAAUUAGCACACAAAGACAAUUACGAGAAGUUUAUGAAGUUAUAAAAUGGAGAGAAAAUUUAUUAACAAAAGGAACAAAUUUUAAAUGAAAUGAAGAAAAAUUACUCGUGUGACGUGCUUUCAUUAAAAAAAAACAAACCGAGAGACACUGAUUAGUUCACAUAAAUUAAUGAAAAAAAAAUUAUUUAAAUAAAAAAAACUUUAAGAUAUUUUAACAUGCAAACUAACAUUGGAGUGAAAAAGUGAAGUUUUAGAUAAAGAAAAAUUAAAAAAAAAAACAAAAUUAAAAAUGAGAAAUACGGAAAUUAACAAAAGUUUCACCUACACCGCAUUUAAAGUUAUCCAAAGGAGAGAACAGUGGUUGAGGACAAAAAUUAAUUCCGUGCAAAGGAGAUUUUGGAGGACCUCAGUAAGAUAAUUAAAACUUUAUUUUAUUUUUCUUAUUUAAAUGUUAAAUUUUAUUUCCUUUAAAAUUUUCUAUUUUCUUGCAAAUUAAAGGGGGUAUCCAAAAAUUAGCAAAGAACAUUUUCAGGCUGAUAUUACAAAAAAAAAACUUCUAAAAAUGACUUAGAGCAGUGAAUGUGUCUGAUUUUUGGAUAACCCAAUAAAAGUAUUUUACAAAUGUACAGUGCAGGCCCUGAGGUAAAAAUUCUUACAUGGGGACCUGCACUAUAUGGGUUAUUUUGUGCAUUCCACGUAUUGCUGAUUGGCAAAUAUGGGGAAAUCUUAGCCCUUUAAGGUGAGGCAAGUAGUCAGAAGAGGCUCAGAAGGGGCGAUCUGAACUCUUAUCUGACUCUAAAUAUAUAAAUUGCAAGUAUGAAUGGAAAAUCUACGAGUCUAUUGUUUUUUUCUUUAAUUAUCUUGCGUCGUUCUUCGACCUAAAUCAUUAACAAAAAAUCAAAUUUCAUCUAUUUCGGUUUACUGAAUAUUUUAAAGUCGUCAAAGGGUUAAUGAAAUCCUGACACCAGUCAUCUAUAUUUAUUUAUGAAAUUGCAAAAUCAACUUUUCGAAGUUUCGAAUAGUUAAGGUAAAAUCGAAACUUUGAAAAGAACUGAUUAGUGUUUAAAUGCUUCAAUUAUUCUAAUCAAAUUCGAAGUUUAGAAGUUUCGUAUUAUUUUUGGAGUGUUUGAAAUUUCUAAUCAUUUAAAGUAUUCGAGGUGGUCUGCAUAAAACCUAUUUAAAAGUUAUUUUAAAAAAAUCAGUUCUUACCCAAAAUUCUUGAAAUUUCGCACAAAAAGUUCUUAAACACAUCAUUUAAUCCAAUCUUAUUGAAUUCUAUGAAAAAUAAAAACUUUGUAUGCUAUUUUCAUACAUUCAAAAGCAACAUAAAAAAAUUUCCGAACGUAGGUACUAAAUAUAGUUCAAUGUGCAAUGGGUUAAGCAAACCAGACCUAUAGAAUAGACUUAUUGGUUUUGAACAAUAUUUCUAUGAAUUUUAAUAAAUUAAAUUGCUUAAAAAAAUAAUAUAAUUUGUGCACAAAAUAACCCAAGAAUAAAAUUUAAGGGGAAGUUUGUGUGGGGAUGAAAUGGAAGUUGGUCAAUAUUUGCUCAACAAAAUUGCUUUUCUUACUACUUUCCGGCUGUAUUUAUGUCCAUCAUCAGGAGAAAAAUUAUUACGAAAAUGAUAUGACAAAAAAAUCAACACCGCAUGCAGAUUAAAAUCUGACACAAAAAGUCAUAAUCUCAGACAUUUGGGAGAUUAGGAGAAUUAACAGUGUUUAAAUAUCGUAAAAAAAGCAAUUGUGAAAGUAAAUAUUUGUCAACAUGACGUUUUACCUUCCCCUCCUCCACAAAUCUUACCCCACUGACGGAAAAACCGCAGAAAAUUCACUAUAAGGUGUACCAAUUAACUUUAUACUUACGUUUCUUCUCAUCCACUGUUCCUCCAUCACAAUUCCAUUUAAAUAAUUCUUUUGAUUCAUCACCAUCUCAAUAGUUUAAUUUUAUAGAACUUCAUAACACAAGAAAAAAAUGUAUUAAAAUAGAUGAAUAAAUUCUCAUAACUAAGGGAAGAAAUUGUAAUAAGUCAAAAAAAAACUAUAGGAAGUUAUGAUAUGUAACUAAAAAAAAUAAUAUUUAAGUAGAACUCUUGUAAAUACAUGCGAGAGAAUAAUAAAAAAAAUCUUAUUGGUCCGUCAAUUUUUACAAAACAAAUAGUUAAAUGAAAAAAAAAUCAUGAUAAUUACUGUUGAUGUGUGAAAAUGUAAUUUAAUUAACAAAUUGAGAUAAAAAAAAAUGUUUAUAAUUUUUAAGUUUUAAUGAGAAACGUUUUAUUCUGACAGAUAAAAAUUAGUUAACAAAAAUUGAAUCGGUUUUAGUACGAAAAGGGUAAGAUUCUACCAGAGGAACCUUCAUUGCUUUCUUUCAUUUUUCCUGUAUUUCUUUCAAAAUUAAUUUGUGAUAAUUUUUUUUUAAUUAAAUGUUAUAAUUUAAAGACUUUCGUUCAAUAUAGGUCCAUAAUUAGAUAAAACAUGCAAUAAUUAUAAAAAUUUUUCAAUUUUUCAAACCAAAUUGAGACUCAUGCCCUUUUCGAACUAAAUGAUUCAAUUAUAAAAAUAAACCAAACAAAUGCACUUAAGGAAUUUUAUUUAAAUAGAAUUUAUAAAAUUAUUUUUCUUGGAUUUUUAACACACACAUAUACAAAGAAAA